AUGAAGAACGCUUUUAAAGAUAAUGUUAAACGUAUUGGAUGUAGCGCACAUUAUGUAAAUAAAGUACUUGAACAUGCAUUCACCUACAAUGAUAUACAAUGUGUUGCUGCUCAAUUAUUGUUUAGAAUAGUUCGAUCUAUUGUUACUAAAGUACGUCAAUGUCACAAGCAGUCUCUUUUAUCAACAUAUUUACAGAAUUAUUGUGAUACACGUUUUAAUGGCGUAUAUUCGAUGUUUGAUUCUUUUUUGAAAGUUUAUCAUGAAUUACCAACAAUACUAGGCGAUGAACAAAAACGAAGUUAUUUACAAAUAGAUCAUGAUGAUAUAGAAUUAUUGUGUUUAUAUUUGAAAAGCUUUUAUGAUGUUAUUGAAAAAUUAAGUUGUAAGAAAACACCAACAUUGCAUCUUGUUAUUCCUUACAAACAGUUUUUGAUUAAUUUAUUAAGUUUGGUAGAUGAUACUAACCAAUUAACAUCACCAAUAAAAAAAUGCAUUGGACAACAAUUAAAAGAUUAUUGGAUUGUUGAUGAUGUUCAUUAUACAGCAACGAUGCUGUAUUCAAAUCUUAAGAGUUUUAAUUAUACACCACAACAAAAAUAUCAUGCAGAAAAUUAUUAA